AUGUUUUGGGCACUUUUUAUCGGAUUUCUAAUUGGGGUGGCGACCGUUCUUCUCGUCAUCUACAUCAUCGUCUGCGAUCCUUUUGGGCCCAAGGUUGAUGCUCCUCCAUUUGUAGAUCAAUUCAAGCCAAUUGAGAUGCCUGAGCAACUUCGCCAUUUCCUGAAAACUGGAGACGAUGGUGUCACAUCAUCUAGCUGGGAAUCAACUUUUGCGAUUACAGUCCUUCUACAUUUGCUCUAUCAAGAACAUAAAGAUUCCCGGCUUCUGAGAAGAUGGCUUCAUAAACGUUUACAACUCGAGUUGAAUGAUAUCAUAACGAGAUCUGCGGCUGGACGGUUGAUUCAAGAUAUUCGAAUUCGCGACUUGUCACUUGGCGCUAAAGUACCAAUCAUCAAUAAAAUUCGUGUCGAGAAAGUGGAAAUGUCAAAUGAUGACUCAAUAUUUGAGAACGCAAUCUUUUUAAUCGACCUUGACUAUCCGGGUGGUUUCGAAACUUCCAUCGAUGUUCAAGCGAUGUUGGGUGGCUAUGGGAGUUUAUCAUUAAAGGUUUCGCGCCUUGCUGGCAGUCUUCGUCUCAUUAUUUCUAGAAAACCUUUUACUCAUUGGGCUUUUUCGUUUGAAAGCACACCCGAUUUUGAUUUUGAGGUCAUUUCACAAAUACAAGGACACAGAUUGAGACAUAUUGUUCCACUAAUCCGUGAUCAAAUCCGUCGAGCACUACAAAGAAAACAUGUUUGGCCAAACUACAAAAUUCGAUACCGACCACUUUUCCCAAAUCCAUUAUUGCAGCCUUCACCACCCUCAAGUGCAUACUCUCACGUCAAACUUGUAGGAGGCUUGGAAGUAACCGUUCUACAAUGUUCCCGUUUGAAGACGAGCUUGACAGACAAAAACCUUAACUUUGACGUCUACUGCACAGUCACUCUUGAUCAUAAACCAUUUUUGCAAAAUGGUCAUGCUGCGACUUCACAUUCGAUUUCUGUGCUGCUAACAUUUACCAGAUUUGAUACAAGCGGAGAGAGCGGCAUUUUGUUUGCGAAGGCCAGCCGUACCAGUCCAAAUGCAAUACAAAUCUCCGCAGUUGAAGCUGGCUCCUUGGCUGAUAAAGCCCAUUUCAAAAAAGGUGAUGUUAUUGUGGCGAUUAACAGUUUGCCGGUUCGAAACGAAAGACAAGUCGAAAGUUUGCUGCGCAUGAAGGGUGACCUCGCUGUUCUUGUAGAACGAAACCUAGAAGAAAACAGCGAAAACGAACUACUAGAUGGAGAAGAAUUGAUCGGGGAUAAUGGCAGGUCGUUGAUAAAACGAAACAAAUUAGGAAAGCCAUCUUCUGCCAAUGACCAGGACGUAUACAAUAUUCCUUUAAAGGAUCUUCGAAGUCGCAGUAACUCAGCCAGCACAUGCUCUACCCGUCGGCACAGCAUGUCCAUUUUGCCUGCAUCAACAUCGACGACAUUCAACCAAGAUAACACAUCGUUGUCGCAAUCUGCUGGGUCUUCCACGAAUGAUCUAUCUAAAUUCGACUCAGUUUUGCAAGACAAACCGAUGAACUCGCUAGCGAAUGUUAGCCGAACAGAAAGUGCUCGUGUACCACACGUUCUUGUAAGCACACCCUCUAUAGAUUUGCGACGAACAAGAUCGGAGUCACAAAUUGAUAACAAACAAAUUGCUAAGGCGUUUCGUAGCCUGGAACCAUGUAGUAUCGAAGAAAUGUUUGAUUCGUCUGAUCAGUCUCUCUAUCAACCACAACUUUCUCAAUCAUCACUUGAGGGUGCCGAAUCGUUGAAUGUUUCAAGAGAAGAGGGUGAAAAGGGCAGUACACUCAAAGCGGGGACUCUUCCGAUGGCAACUAGUCAUAGCUCCUUAGCCUCAUCAAUUUCGCUCCAUUCAUCUAACUUUGAAGAUUCAACGCAUAUGGGAAGUACAACAAGAUCAGAAACAGAGAAAACACAAAGCCGUAGAGCGAGAAUCCACACCGCGCUAGCCGCUGGAAAAAAGCGCGUCUUUGAUUUAAUCCCACAGAAGAAACGACCAUCGUCUAUGGUAAUUGAUAACGGGGAAAGUGUGGAAUUGGGACUGGAGGCCGGAGAACUUCAAAUGCUUUCUGAUGGUGAAAAGGUAUCUCGAACAAAUAGUCCAACCCCAACUGGAUCAAAACUUCCUGCUGAAUGCACUGUAAAAGAUCAGGAAAAUGAAAGCGAAACAGCCGAAAAACCAAAACUUGGAAUCCUUGGGCGGCGAAAGAAGGGAUCGUCCCACAAGCUAUCGACAGUUUCGGCUCUUCUCAAUCCUGCCAUUGAAAGACAACCUUCUGUUGUUCACACAAGAAGCACUCGCCCCAUUCGAUUAGAACCGAACGUGCUUUGGGCUCAAUCACUACAUUUUGAGUUAAAUGAAAAAGGAUCGCAUCAACAACGAUACUUAAACCUAACUGUUCAUGCUAGAGAAAAACUUGAUAAUGUACCAUCCGAAGUGAAUCAGAGGGAUCCCGCGAAGCCAAUUUUACUGGGUUAUACAUCACUCUAUUUGCCACAAAUCCUUGAAGACUGUCGUUUAACAUUGUCCAAUUGUCACCGAGAAGUUUUCCAACUCAAAUCUCCAAACGGACAACCCGAUUCUCCAGCUUCCAAUGAAUUCUCGAAACACCCCGGUUUUGAUCCAAGGCUCAUGUUUGGUGAUGUAACGUUAAAUUUUCGUUAUUUUCCUGAUGGAUUGCCAAAAGAAGCUAGAGUGGGACUUGACGAUUCCAGCGAAGACGAGCAACACGUUGUGUCAGGAGUCUCUCUUCUAUCUUCGCCCAAAGUCGAGCAAUCUUUGCCAAACACACUUCGAAAUGAUCAUGAUUGGAAACCGUGGAGUGCAAAACAAAGCACAAUUUGUUCAAUCUGUAAGGGGAAAAUCUGGCUCAAAACAGGUCGUUGUUGUUCUCGUUGUUUCAUUGUUUGUCACCAGAAAUGCCAGGGGCGCGAAACGAUUUCGUGUCAGCCGAAUAUGUUCACUAAAAAUGACGAUAAUUUUGAAGAUAUUUCCAACAUUGUUCUUCCGAGUUCAUCUAACCUGGAUGAAGCCUUUGUCGAAGAAGAGAAUGAAAAGCAUGAAAACAUUGUGACACCGACUUCAAGAGAAUCGAAGAUACCGUCGUUAGAUCAAACAAAGAAGCCUUACCAAGCGGAAACUGAAACCGUCUCUCGACGCACUAGAUUUAAAGCAAAAAUGAGUGAGAAAAUUGGUCAGCUACCUUGGCGAAGAAGAAAAGAACAACCCGACGACUCAACUAAAAAGCAAGGUGAAGCUGUCAAAGGCGAAGAUCUUCCUAGCCCAAUGGCUAGCAUUACCUCUUGCUUAUACGACCUCUUACCGCAACUAGAAGGAUCACCAUUUCUCGCAUCAAUUUACUUUCAACCCGGGAAUGCCUACAAUGAAGAAACAAUUGCUAAUGCAAAGCGGCUGGGAAAAGAGAUAUUUUCCAAUGUACCAAUGCCAGAACGUCAACAACUUAUAAAUGAGCAGAUUGAUCGUAUCCAAAAGGCGAUUCAUGAGACAAAAACUGGAAGACUCGAGGCAAUGAGUGGGCUUCAAAGCAACGAGAAUCGAAAUGAGAAUGCCGAGAGUUUCGAAGGGUUAGACGAACGCCUUCAAGCAUUAGCAGUUCUCAUGCUUCACUACUGCGCUGCAUUACAGGAUUGCUGCGAGCAAGCAGAAAACGAGCCAAAAGAUGAAGCUAUUCAAACACAAUUGACGAAUCAGGAUGCCGACACCUCCAAUGAGAAAGAGAGCACCUCUCCGGCA